UUGACGUCACCCCGUCUGUCUGCUUCAGUCUCCUCUCUCUCUCUCUCUCUCUCUUUCCCCCAUCUGAAACUGAAUCUCCUUGGACUUGAAUGAGGAGCAGAGGACGGAGAGGGGGGGCCGGGGGCGGAGGAGGGGGAGGAGGAGGAGGGAGGAACUCACAUCUUGCCUGGCCAAGGCGAGCGCGAGAGAGGGGAGACGGGGAGAGAGAGAGAAACAAAGUCGCAAGUCUGGUCCGCUCCGUGUGCGAACUUCUAGGUCUGCCGGGGGAAAUGGGGGCCGAGCCGCACCUCGCAGAGCUCCAGCCUUCUCUGACCAGCUUCUGAAGCUAGAGACCCACACAUCUCUCCUUCCCCCCACCCCGCCCCCAGCCCCGUGAAACUGAGGAGGGUGCUCUUUUUUAUGUUGAGAUUUCCCCCCCUCCCUCCUUCCUCCGCAAAGGUUUCUCUCUCACACACACACAUACUCACUCACUCACUCACUUUUAAAGUCAGUUACGUUUGCCUCGGUUUCCUCUCCCGUCUCUUUCUCUCUCUCUCUCUCAGCCUUCGCCCCCUCCUCCUGCCAGCGCUCCCGUCUUUAUGUCGGGCUUCCCGGAGACCUUUUGAGGUCUCGCCGCUCCUUUUGUUUCUCCGGCUGAUUUUUUUUAAAUGUAUAACUUGAUGGGUCUCAACAAUACCGGCGGACCUAACCAGCCUAAUGUCUCCUGUACUUGUAACUGCAAACGGUCUUUGUUUCAGAGUAUGGAGAUCACGGAAUUAGAGUUUGUACAGAUAAUCAUAAUUGUGGUGGUCAUGAUGGUUAUGGUGGUUGUCAUCACGUGCCUGCUGAAUCACUACAAACUUUCCGCAAGGUCCUUCAUCCAUCGGCCCAGCCAAGGACGGAGAAGAGAAGAAAACCUAUCAUCGGAUGGCAGCUUAUGGCCUUCGGAAAGCACAGUAUCAGGAAAUGGUGUAACAGAGCAGCAAGUUUAUACACCAAGGCCUACCGACAGACUAGCAGUCCCAUCCUUUUUGCAGAGAGACCGCUUCAACAGAUUCCAGCCAACCUACCCUUAUAUGCAGCACGAAAUUGACCUGCCCCCUACCAUCUCCCUGUCGGAUGGAGAAGAGCCGCCUCCUUAUCAGGGGCCCUGCACCCUGCAGCUCCGAGACCCCGAGCAGCAAAUGGAACUCAACAGGGAGUCGGUCCGAGCCCCUCCCAACAGAACCAUCUUUGACAGUGACCUGAUAGAUAAUUCAGUCUACGGUGGGCCCUGCCCUCCGAGCAGCAACUCGGGCAUCAGUGCCACCUGCUACGGGAGCAACAGCCGAAUGGAAGGGCCUCCUCCCACGUACAAUGAGGUCAUUGGGCAUUUCCCGGGAUCUACGUUUUUCCAGCACCAGCAGAACAACAGUGGGGUUCCUUCGUUCCCUUCGCCUUCGCCCAUCAGCAAUCUCGAGAGCACAACAAUGUGGAACAAAGAGAAGGACAAACAGAAAGGGCACCCUUUUUAAAAGAAGAAAGAAAAGAAAAAAGAAAGGAAACACUCUGCACUUCUUGAUAAAUAGGAGGGGGGUAGUAUAUGGAGACGGGGAGGCGGGGGGGGGGUGAAACCAAACGCCCUUCUCCACCUCUGUGUAGUAUAAAUAUUUACAUGUUAUGUUUGGUCUGAAUGCACAAGCCAACAAAACUUGCAAAAACAUUUCUUUGUUGAGCUCUGAUAGGAAGAUUUUGAUUUUAUUUUUUUCCCCUUUCUAAAUAAAUCUACAGCAGUCCUUCCCCUCCUCUUCCUCCUCCUCCUCCUCCUCCUCCUCCAUUUCCCUUUCCCCAGUUUUGUAUCUAGUUGAAUCGCGUGUGUGGAUGCUACGACUUGUUUUGUUUUAUUUCACUUAACUUUAAAGAUUGAAAAAAAAUAUUUGCACAAAAACAUUUGUUUAAAAUCUGCAAUAUAUAUAUAAAUAUAUAUAUUAAAAAAAAUAAGAGAAACUGUAUGUGUGUGGGGGUGGGAAGCAGGAGUAUUUUUAUAUUAGAAGAGGCCUAUUGAGGGGGGGGGAAUGAUUUGUUGUGGUUUUUUUUCUGAACUUAGAAUAUAAAACAUGGCAACUUUUGAGAGCCAACUCAAGAAAGCAUGUAUGGCGUUGUAAAAAAAAAAGUGAGAAAGAGAAAAACAAUAGGAAAAAAAGAAAAAAAACAAAAGCAGGGGUUUAGAAUUAUUAUAUAAAUGUUGAAAUUUUGCACUAUUUUUUAAUAUAAAUGUGUCAGUGCUUGUGUUGGUUAGAAAUCUCUUAUAUCCUGUCUACCAUAAAACUGUUGAGGAAAUUACAUUGAGGUCUGAACAGAGUCAUGGGGGGAGGGGGGAGAAGGACUGCAUCUUGUGCAAAAUUUUCUUUUUUUAACUCUUCAGAGUCACAUGACCCUCUCUUAGACCUCUGGUAGUUCCUUGACACCGAUCGACAAGUACAGACGGAUGCCUAUAAAAGAGACUAGAACGCACCAUAUAUACAUGUAUUUCAUUAACUGUGAAGGGGCCGAGCAUGUAUAAAAAUUGCCCCUUUAAAAGAAAUGAACAAGGUAAAUUGCGCCCAAGCCCCACAGUUUCCCCCUCUGUGCUUGAGGGUGUGCUUCAAAAGGGGAAGAGGCCAUUUCUACACCUGUGAGUAUAUGUUUCUCCAUUGAUCCGAUGCUUAUGUAUUUUCUUUGUACUGGGUUUUAUUUUUAUUUUAUUUUUGCACUUGGGUGUUCAUUCCAGGCUUGUCAAGCCAGCAUAAUGCUUACAUCAUCCUACAUUCCCUAUGAAAUCAUUGUGGUUGUUUUUUUUUUUUUUUUAAGGGAACAUUUAUCAUGUGAAAUUGAUUUAUGGCUAUUGAAAGCAUGAAAAAAAAAGUAAGGAUUCAAAAUGAAGAGCUUAAUCGUACAAAAUGUUAAGCACCAUGCGUUAUCCCAGUUGGGCUGGAGAGCCAUUCAUCCUGGGUUGGUGGGCAGUUAAAACAAUGUCUAAGCAAGACCUUCUCCCCUUGACCUCUCUACAGCUUGUUCUCCUCUUCUAUUAGAGUAGAAUUCGUCUCAGGGUUGAAACCAAAGGCGAUCUCUUGCGUAGAUAAACUACUUAUCUGCUCCAGAACUUUGAAGCACCUAGGUCUUUCACAUUUUGCAAAAUCAAGCCCUCCAAAAGGCAAAUUGGAAUGGCUGUUCUGUUUUUAUUGUCUUGUUAAUUUCAGGAAAGCCAUAAAAGCAUACCCGGUCAUUAAAUUAUUUUCUUUUUUUUUAAUGACCGGGUGUUGGCUUCUAAUUGUCAUCAUUUUAUUUUUUAAUAACAAAAUAAUAUGGCUCUCUCUCUCUCUGCUUAAGAUAAUAAAAGGAGUGAAGGAACAUUAAGAUUCAGAAGUCCUGCCUUUGAGAUUCAUAGUGCUCCUGACAACAUGGUCCAGCCACCCUGGUUUUUGCAAAGAUUUUAAGUAAAUUUUAUCAGUGAAGGUUGCUCCCAUGGCAAAGCCAUGGUCCCUGUGCUGCUUUAAACAAUUUUUUAUAAUUUUUUAAGUAGGAGGAGAGACCAGUGACAAGCCUACGCUUGUCCUCUUGGGUCCACAAAUGGAGUUUACUCUAAAAUACUUUUCGUUUAUCCCACGGUUAAAGGAAGAUGAGCCUUGCCCUUCUUUACAUCUGCUAAUCUGAGUCUGCAGAUUAGCCAAAUGCAGCUUGCUAGUUCUACCUUGCAUCCUGCUAAGUGGAGGAAAGAAACCACUCGCCCCAAAUUUCAGAUUCAAACUAAAAAAGCAGGGUUAAAAAAAAGAAUAGGGAAGAUAUUAAUCCCCCACUAAAUCAGCAUUCCACUUAACUGUUCACAAUAGCACCAGGCACUUGGGCCUAAUAGUUGGUUUUCAGGAAAUUGCAGGCAGCCCUGUGCUUCAUGGUCCGAAGUUCCAUCUAUCUUCAUGUGUCACUCCAUCCUGAAAGAAAAGGACGGGGUCCUGAAGAUCACCCUUGUCAAAUUACCUUCCUCUCUUGACUGCUGCCCUUGAUUGUUAACCGUGUUUUAUUUAUUUCAGCUGGGGACUAGGGGAGACAUGUAAAUGGAAAUGUUUCAGCUACCAUGAUGUAUUCAAGGCAAAAGAUAUCAUGUUCAAUUUCUAGAAGCAAAUCUAUACCCUCUUAGCAAUGUUGUCCUGUGUUUGCCAUCUGCAAUCAGGAUCUUCUGGAUCAAGGGUGCACCUACUUUCUGGAUCCUUUUGGAUCAAGGGUGCAUCUAACCUUCAAACCAACAAAUCAGCUCAUGUCAUCUGCUUCUUUAAAGCAUUGUCUUGCUCUCGCUCUCUCUCUCUCCCUCCCUCCUUCCCUCUCUUUGGAUAAACCAUUUUGUCUUUUGUUUACCCUUUUUCUAAGGUUUAAAGGUCUGCUUGGUUGUUUUUUAAUCCACAUCAGAGGUGGGUUGCUGCCAGUUCCGCCCGGAUUAGGCGAACCGGUAGUAGCGGUAGCGGGAGGCUCCGCCCACCUGCCGGGAACACUUCUGCACAUGAGCAGAAGUGUCAUGAGGGUGUGCAGGAGCACGCCCAAACCAGUAGUAAAAAAUUAACAACCCACCACUGAUCCAUAUGGUUAAUUCAUAUAUGAUUUGAGUAACAGAAAGUGAAAGGCAUAAAUGACAAAGAGGAAGAAGAAGAAAUUGUUUAAACAUUUCCAGAUUAUCAAUCUCUGGAUUUCUCUAGACAAUGCACAACGUUUUAAGUUUUAACUAGGAAGGUCGUUGGUUUUUCCAAAAAAAAGCCAUCCUGGGUAGACAGCAGAGCUUUGAACAGAGUGGAGGUUAGAAACUUGAUCUCACCCUAUUUGCACAGACUGAGGAGAACAGGCCCAUCGGUGUCUCCAGUUCCAAACUACUAUCUCGAUUUUUGCUGAUCACUAAAGGGUAUCAAUAUUCCUGUUUCCAAUUAUAUCAUCCGCCUUUGAUCAAAACUGUGAAAAAAGGCCGUUGAGCUCACUGGACAUCUUUAGCUGCUGAUAAAAGCAGGGGUUCCCAACCUUUUCUAUACCUCGCACCCCUAGAACGCUUCUGAUAUAUUCUCGCACCCCUUACAAAAAUAGAUAAUGAUAUGCAUAUAAUUAUGCCUAUACACUAUAAUUUUGAAACAUCUAAACCCAAGUUUUCAUACCCCCUGGAAUAUCGUCUCACACCCCACCCCAGUUUGGAACCCCUGUGAUCAAGGAACAGCUAUCGGGGGGCCCCAGUUGAGAAGUUGGCAAACUUUAUGACUACACCGUUCCAGACCUAAUUAGCAGAGGGAACUGUAUGUGUAUACAAGGAGGUGUAAUUUGGUUUUUGCCAGAUGCUAACUAGGAAGGUAACAUAAAUGAAAGAUAUAAAGGCAAUAACUCUUGUUUUUAUGUGAUUUUUGUAUUACUUGAAGAAGAAGAAAGUCUUGAGAGCAACCUGACGUGUUUUAAAGUUUUAAAUAAUUUGGGAUGCUAUUUAUAUAUAUAAAUAUAUAAAUAUAUAUAUUAAAGGGAUUGUAAUGAAACUAUAGAAAUGAACAUUUUAAGAAAAUGCCACCUUUUGUGGGGGGGACCUAGAAAUAGACAACCUCAACCUCCCUCUAUAUAGCUCCUUAAUAAUAGCUUUACAACAACUCCAAUUUGCAGUUUUUUAAAAAGAUAAAAACAAGGAAUAACUCUUAUCUUCCUGUGAAAGUCAAAGAAUUUAUAGACUUUUUAAAAAAUGUAUCUUUCCUUUAUGUAACAUGUCUAUUUAGUGCCUUAUUAAAAGAAACAGUAAGCCUCCCUUUUUUUUUUUCUUUUGCAAAAAUAAAUAAAAGAGGGGGAGAUUCUAUCAUUGGUAGUGAUAGGAACUUCCAUAGUAUGGUCACUUUUCUUUUCGAUCAAUCCUGGGAUUUCAAGUUUUCUCUCUUUUUUUUAAGUCUGUACACUUGAUUCCUUUACAUCCAGUCUAAUGUAUUUAUUUACAUGAAGCACUCUUUGCUCAUCUUUUGCCAUGUGCUUGGUAGGUAGCAUAAAUACCUGCUAUGCACAUAUCCUACCCUAGUAGGUAGUAAAAUUGUGGUAGAGAAUAUAAUCAAGAGUGUCAACCAAAAGAAACCCUCUUGAGCCAAAAUUAGUAAACAGUAAUUUUUGUGGGUUUUUAAAAACUUUUUUCUCCCUCCUUGGAUCUGUGGUUUUUACUAGACACCUGUAUACAUAAAUACAAUGCCUAAAUUCUCUACCAUAAUUAAAGAACCAUCAGCAUGGCUGCAAGAUACUAAGUCACGGGAGUGCCUUGUACAAAAUGAACCAAAAUUUGGGACUGGUGUUGAGUUGGCAUCGCUGGGUGCAUGUUACAAUCAUGGCCGUGCAAUGGCAUGGGUGGAGGGGGGGGGCAUGACCGGUUGGCCAGAGCCUUUCUAAGUUUGCCAGGGUUGUUCCCCCAUAAUAUGGUGGAAGCAAACUUUCCUCACUUGCCUUGUGAGGUUGGCCAAACGAAACGCAACAGUGGAGGAGAAAGAAAGGGAUAAAUAGGAAUCGUAAAGAGGUGGAAGGAGUGGUUUGCACAAGUGUUUCUGAUAUUCUAAAACUCAGCUGCCAACUUUGUUCCUGUCUCUUCUCUACGUUUAUCAGAAGACUUGAUACAUAGCAGUGAAGAAAAGAAGUGACUUUUCCGUCAUUGGGAUGAAGUGGUAUGAGGGAGAAAAAAUACUUAGUUCCACUUCUCUGUGUCAGCUUCUAUUAACUAGACAAGAGCAGGAUCAGAAAAAAAAAGAUGGCAUCUUUUCCAACAAAGAAAACAGAUAGGUUUUAUUACGCCAGGACAAAAUGAAAUGUCCAACUUUGCUUAUUUUUUUCUGAGCUGCUAAUUAUCUUCUCUUCCUCCCCUUGUGUCCGUACUUCCCAUGGGAGUAUUUAGUUGACUCAACCAACCACAUUGUUAAUAUCCAUGAUUGUUGCAGAUCCAUCCAUUGACUUGCCCGUUUGGGCUUUCAACAUCUAUCUUGGGUUAAGAAGGCCCCAGUGUAUUCUUAUUCAGUGAGAUCUCUCUUUAAAAUAGUUUAUUGAGAUGGACAUCUUCUCCCCAUUCAAGGUAUUUGGGCCUCAGCCAUGAAAGUAUCUAUUACCCCAUUUGUCCUUUCACUAAAAAAAAAAACUGGGAAGCUGAGUGUGCAUUUUAACAUAACACAAAUGCAACUUCACAGGUUGUUGUUAAGCCAUUGCCUCUUCUGACAAGCAUUGCUACAUGGAAAGCAGACAUUUGAUCAUCGAAAAUAAUUUAUUCCCAUGCCGUGCAAUUCUGCAAUUGUUUGGAUUUUUGACCAAUUGUGAAUCAAUUCUAGGAAUUCUGCUGGGUCCCUUGCACUUAAUAGAAGUGCGACCAUAGGAAUUCAAAAACCUGAAUUCACUUGAACAAGGAGUCCCUAUUUACUGGGCUUCCUUUUUUCACACCUGCUUUAAAGGUUCCCGAAUCAGUUCACCUUUCUCUACCAUAUUUUUUCAUCUCCGCAUCUAUUGCAAAUAAUUUUGUGAUGAAGUCCGUUGCACCAAUAAGCCGGUAAUCUUGCUUUAUAAACUUUUGUAUUUUUUCCAGUCCUGCAAACGUGAUCCCAACACUCUUUCACUCCUGAUAGAAAUUAUAUUAAGAAUUCUUUUAUAUGUACUUUACAGAGUAGACUUUUUCAUCAAAAACAGAAGAAUAUUAUGAAAUUAUCUUCUUUCCCAUUAAAUUGAAAACCAAGCCAGGUGGGGAGGGGGCGCUCAUUAAGUUCUAUGAAUCUGGAUCUUUCUUGACCAACAAGCCAGAAUUAUAAAAGAUUAUUUGACAAAAUACCAAUAAGAUGUUAGCCUUUGACUAUAGAAUGGAGGCUGACAGCUCAGAAAGAGGUCAAAUUAGCAAAGUUGAAUGGCAGAAAAAAUAGGCUUAGUUUAUAUUUAUCAACCUGUAUCUACCUGCUUAUUUGUUAAAAGGUUUAAUGGUCAAAUCAGGUUGUAUUUUAGAAAAAAGAUCAAUAUUUCCUGGUACAUAAGAAAGUCAAAAAGCAUUAUUAAGACCAAAUCCAGUGGAAAACAACUCUUGUGAUGGAGAAUAAUGGAUUUGGAAAUAAUAGUGGCGGGUUUGAGCAGGUUCUUAAAAUUAUACACGAUUCACAGUUUCUACAUUUGUAAAUCUUAAGAUUUAGAAAUUGGAUUUAUUAAGGUAGGAUGUGAAAAUUGGUCAUAAGUGAUGAGAAGAAUAAAAAUAUCACCCUUGAGAAUAUCUUUUUACUUACAGCUGAAUUUUGGGGAAAAAACAUUCAUGAAAUGAUACCUUUAAUGGGGAAAAAAUCCACAAUUUUUCUUCUUUAAGAAUCAAAUUUAAAAGCUAGAUAUGUAGCAUAAAAUUUUCUAGCCAAGAUGAGAAUCUGUAUUCUCUAGUAUGACCUGUGCAACACUAUGCACGCAAACAUACGUGCACACAAUUUUCCCCUGUAUACGAUACACAAACUAAAAGGAUUGGGGAAGAAAAACUAAACUUUUCCAUAAAUUGUGCUUUCAGAUUAUUUUGCUGUAAUAUAGAAGCUCAUGGAGUACUACGUUAAAAGUCCUGAUUUGCCUGCCUUAUAGUCACAUUUCAUUGUAUUUUAAUAUUUUCUUCAAUUUCCAGUUGCAUUGCUUUUGGCUUUGAAGUUUAUUAUAUGCAGUCCUGUAUCCUGAAUUUUUGUUCAACUUAAAAAAAAAAACCUUAUGUAAACAAAAGACAGCACAUGCAAUGCAGUACUUAUCUAUACUUAGCUGUUUUUGUAUGAAUAUGUACUCUGAUGCCAAUUUCCACAACUCUUGUAAAAUGCUUCUUGUGUAACAGUAACCAAUAGUGGCAAUGAUAUGUCAUUCUAUCCUUAAAAAGCUGCAAUACUUAAAAACAAUAAAUUUUACAAUACUUUG